CUCCUCGGGGACCGAGUAGUGGAGCUGGCCGCUGCCUGCCUCCCAGGCUGCCAGAAUUAUCAGGAGCAGGAGUAAUUGUUGGCUCUUCCGGUUGUGUCCUCUCAGGUUUAUCAUUUCAAAUUACUGACGUUUUGUUCUCAUCCGCGACAGUUACCUCAAAAUUUGGAGGGUUUUUUUAUUUCUUCAUUCCGCUCCCGAGAUGCUGGCCAUUGUUGAGCAAGGGGAGAGUGAAGCUCGGUGGAGUCUUUCUAAUGGGAUAUGAAUGGCUUCCCUUCGCGACAUUUAGUGGUUUAGAGCGACAUCAUGUGGCCCAAGCAAUCAACAAAAUGAAGAUUAUGAGGAAAACAACAAGGUGAACAUACUUAGCACAGGAAAAGGAAUAGAAACUUAAAGAAUGAGAAAACAGGAAACUAACUAUAGAAAAACAAUGUAAAAUUUUAAGCCGUAAGGACAAAUACGAAAUCUUGGACUUACUCUUGAGCAAUGGUCUUCGUUUAAAUCCUGGUGCUCACCCCCAGCCGGACAAGGAGGAAGACCCGGGCUGAAGGCCAUGAGGUCUGUUUUGGGAGGUCCCUCUCCAGAGCACACCCUCUGUCUCCUCUGUUGUGAAUAAGACCAGCUCCCCACCGCGCUGGAGCACACCAGCACGGGCUUCCCAGCCCCGCACACGCCCUGCGUAGGCUGCACUGAGCACCGCAGAGCGACGUACACCAUGAGGGUUAGAACCAGCAGGCUGGACACCGCGCAGAUGGCGAUGAUCAGGUACACGUUGACGUUCACGAGCGACACUUCCUGGCCGGUGGCACCUGACGCCCGCGAAGAGACUUUUGGAGUCUGGCUGUGCUCCACCAAAGACACUAACACCGUCGCAGUGGCCGUCAGCGCGGGCUCCCCGUGGUCCCUGACCAGCACUAACAGGCGAUGGCGCUGCGCGUCCCCCUCAUCCAGGGCGCGUGUGGUGCUGAUCUCGCCCGUGUACAGACCAACCCGGAACAGGCUCCUCGUACCUCCUGACAAAGGAUGCAGCUCAUAAGACAGCCAGGCAUUGUAGCCAGAGUCCGCGUCUACCGCGCGCACCUUCGUGACCACCUGGCCGGCACCCAAAGAGGGGGACACAAGUUCGCUCAUUACACCACCGGAUCCUUGUGUCCAAGGCCCCAGCAGCGCAGGCGCAUUGUCGUUCUCGUCCAGCACGAACACCUGCAGGGUGGCAUUGCUGCCCAGCGCUGGCACACCAGCAUCCCGCGCGCUCACCUGGAACUGCAGCAGCUCCAGCUCCUCGUGGUCCAGGGGCUGCAGCGCGAACACCCGGCCGCUCUCCGCGUGCACGGACACGUAGCUCGACAGCCAGCGCUCGCCCACGCGCCGCUCCACCAGCGAGUAGGACACCAGCGCGUUCUCCUGCGCGUCCGCGUCCGCCGCGGACACCGUGAAGAUGUGCGCGCCCGGCGGGUUGUUCUCCCUCACGAACACCGUGUACUCGGGCUGCGCGAACGCGGGCGCGUGGUCGUUCACGUCGGCCACCUCCACGGACACGCUGGCGGUGGCCCCCAGCGGGGGGGAGCCCCCGUCGCGCGCGGUCACCACCACCUCAUAGGCCGCUGUGCUCUCGCGGUCCAGGGCGCUGUCCAGCACCAGCGAAUAGUAAUUCUUGAAGGUGGACACCAGCCUGAAGGGCACGUGAGGACUCAGGGAGCAGCUCACCUGCCCGUUGGCUCCGGAGUCCAUGUCCGAAACGCUGAUGAGGGCGAUGACGGUGCCCAGUGGAGCGUCCUCUCGGACAGGCAGGGAUAAGGAGGUCAACGUGAUCUGGGGCGCAUUGUCGUUUUCAUCCAGCACCUUCACUAAAACAGUGCAGUGGCCCGCCAUCGGAGGAUGUCCUUUGUCCGUCGCGUCAACGCGGAUUUUGUA